GAAGGCGUGGAAGAGCUGCAUCCAACUAACCUCCGAGCAGCACCUGAGGCUCACCUUCAGCAGACGCUCCCAGCCCACAUCCCCACGUCCCCAGGGGCCAAGCCCUUUGCUGCCAGCAUGGACAUCGUGGAGAGGGUCCUCUCCGUGGCCCAGGCCAUCCACGCCCAAUUCGAGCAGGUGAAGUGCUGUAAGCACCAGUGCCAGCGCCUCGUGGAGCGCAUCCAGAUCCUGCUGGAGCCCGUGAGGAUCCUCAGGGCUCAGCCACAACAGCACAUCUCCCACCACGAAGAGGAACUGCUGAAGAAACUGCUCCGGGUCCUAGGGGAAGCUGAGAAACUGGUGAUGAAAUACAGCCAGACCAGCUGGAUCCAGAAGUUCCUGCGAGCCCGCAGCACUGGUGAGGAGUUCGUCUGGGUGAACGAGAGCCUGGAGGACAUUGCCCAGGGGCUCUCGCUCCUGCUGCAGGCGGAGCAGAAGCAGGCUUUCCUGGAAGUUUUCCAGGCAAAGACGUGUCGCAGGCAGGAUGCUGAGGACCUGAGGGAUGACAGGGCUUUCUUGGACCAGGUGAUUGCAAGUACUGAGGAACCUGAAGAGGUGGCCGAGGAGAUCUACAUUGGCAGUCAGUGUGUGGAGAGCAAGGUAGACUGGAUGCAAAGGGAGCUGAACAAAAUCGUGCGCGAGAUGGAGCGCUUGAAGAAGGUCAACGUUGGUAAAAGAGAAGAUAUCACUGAGAUCAAGCGGGACCACCUCACCCUCUACAGGCACCUGCAGGACACCGAGAGCUACGACCUCUACGAGGGCGAGUACCUCAAGUACCCUGUUGCCAUCAAAACCUUCAAGAGGCCACUGACCACUGACCCAGUGAAGGUGAGAGACAUCUUCGAGAAGGAGGUUCAGACCCUGAAGAAGUUUGAGUCUCCAAACAUCCUGCGCAUGUACGGGAUCUGCAUUGAGGAGAACGAUGGGAGCCCCUGCUUCUCCAUCGUCAUGGAGUACUGUAAGCACGGGACGCUGCGGGAUGUGCUGAACACGCAGCAGCAUCUUUGCUGGGACAUCCGCAUUCGGAUGGCCCUGGGAGCCGCCAGAGGCCUUUACAGGCUGCACCAGACAGGGGAGAAAUCCCGACUCCACGGCUGCAUCUGCAGCAGCAAGUUCCUGGUGGCUGGGGAUUACUGUGUGAAGUUGUCAGGAUUUGAGCUGUGUGAAACAGAGUCAUCCAUCAAGAGGAAAGCCAAGAAGAACUGGAAACAAGUCUAUAUGCUGGCUUACAUCGCUCCUGAGAACAUGAAAGACAUCAACUACCCCUACAAGAGGCCCUGUGAGAUAUACAGCUUUGGGAUCGUGCUGGCAGAGAUUGCAACCUCCAAAAUCCCAUUUGAAGGCUGCACUCCUGAGGAGAUUGUGGAGAAAAUCUGCAACCACCAGUACUGGGACCCUGUUGGGGAGGAUUGCCCUGCAGAGCUGCGGAGAGUCAUCGACCAGUGCCGGGCCUUGGACCCUUCCCAGCGCCCUUCUGCCGAGGAGAUUGUGGACUCGCUGGCUGAACUGGAGAAAAGCAGGAGCCAAGGAAGUUAACUGUGGAAAGCAGGGCUGGGUGACCACAGGCAGUGAGCCCAGGGGUGCUGCUCACCCCC